GGAGCUCGACCACAACUCACAGAAGUCUUCUGGCAGGGUCUCAUACCUCAACUGGACGUCAGAGAUUGAAGUAGUUCUCCGGAAAGUUCUUCAACUCAUAUUCGAACCAUGUCUUCCUGGAACAAUCCGGCCAACCAGGAUGAAUUCUCCCUUCCCUCCACCAACCCUUAUGGGAACUACACGCUGGUGGACACUGUACCUAAGGAGAUCCUUCACAUGGUGGAUCCUCACUGGUACCAGUUCCCCCCCAUGAAUCCCCUCUGGUAUGGAUUGAUCAUGUUCUUCAUGAUCGUCAUGGGAUGUCUUUCCGUGGCUGGCAACUUCGUCGUCGUCUGGGUGUUCAUGAAUACCAAAUCUCUCCGCACUCCUGCUAACCUUCUUGUCGUUUCCCUGGCCUUCUCUGACUUCCUCAUGAUGUUCACCAUGUUCCCACCCAUGGUGAUCACAUGCUACUGGCGAACAUGGGUACUUGGCGCCCUCUUCUGCGAGAUAUAUGGUUUUUUGGGAUCCCUCUUCGGAUGUAUAUCCAUCUGGAGCAUGGUGUUUAUCACCUUGGACCGCUACAAUGUCAUCGUCAAGGGCGUCGCUGGUGAGCCUCUCUCCUCCAAGGGAGCCACGCUCAGGAUCCUCUUCGCUUGGCUAUUCUCCUUUGCCUGGUGCCUUCCUCCCUUCUUCGGCUGGAAUCGUUACGUACCUGAGGGUAACAUGACUGCCUGUGGUACUGACUAUCUGACCGAGACCAUGCUCUCCCACAGCUAUCUCUAUGUGUACUCUUGCAUUGUAUACUUCUCCCCUCUCUUUAUCACUAUCUAUUGCUAUUUCUUCAUUGUCAAGGCUGUUGCCGUCCACGAGAAAGGCAUGCGUGACCAGGCCAAGAAGAUGGGUGUCAAGUCCCUGAGGAAUGAAGAAUCCCAGAAGACUUCCGCCGAGUGCCGUCUGGCCAAGGUUGCCAUGAUGACAGUGGCCCUGUGGUUCAUUGCCUGGACCCCAUACCUCGUCAUUAACUGGGCUGGCAUGCUCAACAAGCCCUCUGUUUCUCCCAUCUAUACCAUCUGGGGAUCCGUGUUCGCUAAGGGUAACGCUGUGUACAACCCCGUUGUGUACGCCAUCAGCCACCCUAGGUACCGAGCUGCCCUGGAGAAGAAGCUGCCCUGCCUUGCUUGCAAAAGUGACGAUGAUACAAUCUCCGAAACUGCCUCUACCAGCACCACUGCUGUGCCGGAGAAAACCGAAAGUGCUUAGAACCACAGGUUAUGGACUCGGGAUAUUGACUGACCUUCAAUCGUUUACGGAAUAUGAAUGAAUAAAACGUGUUUUGAUGAUCUCUGAAAUAAUUCCCUUUAUACUCCAAUUAUAUCCCAAUUUCCAAUAAACCCAGCAAUUUAA